AUGAAGAACUCUGUAAUCGAUCCCUACCAUCAUCUCUCUUCAUGGAAUGUCGACGUCAAUUGCUGUAAAUGGGAGGGCGUGACCUGCAACAACUCAACUGGCCAUGUUCAUCGCCUCCACAUCUCCGGUUUCCUUUUAAGAGGCCAAAUAAAUCCAUCUCUCACCAAUCUUCAACACUUGACUCAUCUCGACCUGAGCCUCAACACCUUCCAUCAAACAAUCCCUUCCUUCAUCGCCUCACUCACCAAUCUCGAGCACUUGAACCUCUCCUUUGCCGGUUUCCACGGAAACAUCCCCCAUACCAUCGGAAACCUCACACGUCUGCGCAGUUUGGACGUGGCCGGGUUUCCAAAUAUGGUGUGGGGAGAUCAUUUGAACCACUACCACAGCAUACAUCUCACGGGCUAUCCACAGAUGGAGUAUGUAGCGCGUGUGACCUCUCCGAACCUGCUACACGUUGACACCGUUCGAUGGCUCUCGCAGCUUUUCGAGAUUGGAGGCUCUCAACAUGAACUAUGUGAACCUCAGUAG